CGGCUCAAGUACCUUAGCGGUGUGCAAACCUCCAUCGGUACGAUAUACAAGACAAUUAGUCAUCGCUACGGAAGUACAAUACCUUCAGCUGUCUUGCUUGGCAGUGAAUCGGGCUUCUUACUACAAGUCUCGUAUCUUUCGUCGCGGCUUGAAGACUACAUGGACGCGGAAAUCAUACAGGGGUUUCUGGAUACGGAUAUGGGUGCACGGAUGCUGGGCAUCCGUUCAUCCAUGUCCGUCAGCCAGGGAUGCAAAAGAUAUAAAAGGCGUUGGCUGGCCUGUUGUUGAACCAUCUCUAGCGAACCGCUCCGUACACAUUUGCUGCACUGUACGCCAUGUCAUCGUCUCUCCGCUCAAGUUCUCUUACCCCGGAGUCUGCCACCACGCCUCGAGCUGCUUCUGGCAAGCCUCGCUCGGCGUCGCUACCACCGGCGCGACUUCAAGAGCCCUCCCCGCUGCGCGGGAUCCUCCGAGGCUCUACCUCGGACGCCAAUCGCAGUACCGCCUCGCCGAUUCGAGGAAUUCUGAAGAAAUCGUCGUUGCAAACUCAGAACUCUUCUCCUGCACCAUCGUCGCUUGGUAAGGAUCGGACCAAGCACCAUGAUGUGGUAUCACAACGCGCCAUCACCGAGCAACCUCGCCCUCAAUCUGCAUCACACCCGACAACCCACUCGCGCGCCCCAGAUUCUGUGGUCAGGCCACGCCGUUCGUCGCUUGCGAACUCGGAGGAGGACCACGUCUUCCGAGCGUGCGACCAACCACCGACCUUCCCCAAACACCACAACAACCCCAGCAGCGGUUGUGAUGAUUCCUCAGCUCGCUCCGGAACCGACGGCGGGCGCGCCCAGCGACCGCGCGCUAACUCCACGUCCGUGCGGAAACCAGCGCUGUCCUCGCAAUCCCAGGCUCCUUCGCCGGGGAAGCGGGACGCUGUCGAGACAUCCAAGCCUAGCGGAAGGAAGAGCAGCUCCAUUCCCCGGCUUCCCUUCCAGAUCGCCGACUAUAAGGAUGUUAUGCACGACCUCGGCCACCUGCUGCAUGGACGUCACGAGAGGCUGGCGGAGUUUCUCGACCUCGAAGUGUUCUACGAGCAGAAAGAAUCCGAGCGCGAGGCACGAGAGCACUAUUUGCGGCACAAGGAUGAUCCUCCUGAGGAGGAGAACCCUGAAAGAAAGCCUCCGAGAAUCUACUACAUGACCGUUCUCGAAAUGAUGGAGGUCUCGUCUACCACGAUCGUCUUUAACGGUUACCAACACGAUCUCCCUGCUGCCCUCUACGAAUGUGUCGAGGAGCUUCACAGAACAGGUAUCUAUGACGACGAACUCUUCGGCGGCGAGCCUAUCAAGCAUAACAUCGACAAGAUGCGGCGCAUUUUCGACCAUGGCUACAAGCGCCCGGCAGGCGUGCGCAUCGGCCCUCUAGCGAAAUUCAGGACAUCCGACAUCUGCGGGCUGUUCGAGACAAUUCUGGAGCAUCUCCCAGAGCCGCUCAUUCCCCGGGACCUCAACUACGGGCUCUGGAAGUGGUGCGUCAACCCGGUGCUCAAGCGCGAGUGGGACAUUAUAUUCCCUCCGGUCAUCAAGCGGUCACGAAAGACGCUCCGCGGCAUCGUCCCGGAGAUGGAGCACCAGAUCAUCGAGUCCCCGGACCUCACUCCCGAGGAACGGCGCGCCAUCCGCGAAGAGUUCGACGCACCCAUGGUCGAGAUCGCGCAGAACGUCCUCCGCCUCCUGUCGGUCGAACACCUCUCGCUCCUCGUGUACCUCUUCGACUUCUUCAAGCAGGUGAUAGCCCAUCCCGGCAAUUCCAUCAGCACAGAAAUCAUCGGCGAGAAGUUCGGCUUCUACCUACUGGGCGGGACGAGCUACGCAGGCGGGCGCACGCUCACGGUGUGGUUGCUCGACCGCUGGGAGAGGAUAUCGAAGGGGCUGCUGGAUAUUACCCCGCCCGGCACGCGCCGCUUCGUCGAGAAGAAGCCAGAUCUCGCACGCCGCCGCGCGGAGGAGGCGCACCGCCGCAAGUUCGCGCCCUCACCUCACCAGCCGUACCAAGAGGGACUUGAUGCGCACUCCGACGAGGGCGAGGGCUCGUCAGCCGCGUUUAGUGACUCUGCGAGCACCUUUGUGAACAGCUCGAAUGACGGGCUGGAUGAUGGGCAGUCGGCAUCGGUCCUUGGCUAUUACCUCGACGACUCGGAGGAUGCUUCCAUCGAUGAGCACCCUCGCCGUCGGAACCCUCACCACAACAACCCUCGGCGUGGCGUUGACGAGGGCGCGCGCGCUCCGAUGCCUAAGCCGCGCUCCCAAUACAAGAACUAUGAUCAGAAUGACGCUCGUCGGUCUCGCCGUUACGGUGAUGGAGAUAAUGCAUUCGACGUAUCAGAAGCCGCCCGGCGCAUCGCCGAGUUCGAACGGGAGAUUCAACAGAGCAGGUCGUUUCGGCGACUUCUGCCGCGCAGGGACCAGAAGCCAUCGCGCAGGCGUGAGGCCAUGACGCCCGAUGAGGACGGUGACGAUUAUAGUCAUUAUUUCUAGUCUUUGUGUUGUCGUAUCGGACUGUACUGUAGCACAGACGGCAUACGG